CCUCUGACCUGCCGGUUUAGAAGCGUGGGAAAACUCACCACGCUAAAUCUUUUGGGAGCUCAAAAUUGUUAUUAUUUGGGAAGGAUCAGAAGUCUGGUUGUGCGAUUUGGAAGAUGUUGUCGGCUUGGGUUUUAGGGCGAGUAGAGAUGGCUUUUAGACCGAAUAUAUGCAGGGUUUGGCGGGCACAAACGUUCGGAAGAGUAUCCCAGACCCUCAAACCCAACAACACAACAUCAUCUCAAUAUCAGCUGUCAAACAGCCUUUUCCAAUCAGCUAGAAGAUUUAGCAGCAACCAUCCCAAACAAAAUCUUACCUUCCUCCAAUACAUACAAAACACAAUAUCUCGAAGAUAUGCCGUCAGCCGAGCAUUUUUCUCUGGCACAUCGCAAAAGUCUUGCCAAAGAGGUUUCCACAUUGCAGUGCUACUGGCUUGCCAUCCUACGAGGAUUGUCGCAGGUAGUUUGUUAUGUUGUGGGUUGGCGGGAGUUGGUGUGAAGAGAGCACAGUGUCAGGAGGAGGACACACUAGCAGAGGAACUGCUGAGGGACCAGGAUGUGCAGGAAGAGCAGGAGCUGGACUGGUGGCUCAUCUGGCAGUUCCUACGGCCUGAGAUAUGGCAGCUACUGGCUGCUAUUGUGGAGUAA